AAAAAACAUUUAUAGCGCAGUCAGUCAGAAAAUCCCCCCUGUAAAUUAUUUUUAGCGUAUACAUGGAUCCUUGCUCGAUUCAGGUGGCUAAUGGGAGCCAGCCGCCGCUGGUGGUUGCCGCCGGAUCAAGGAGGCGGAAAAAGUGCAGGUCAAUGAGAGAGAUUAUGAGGGUGGCGAAGCGGGUGGACCUGGCGGCGGAGAAUGACGUCGGCAGCGGCGGGGAUUAUUACAGCGAAGUGAGGUGCGAGGAAUGCGGCUCCGGGGGAAGAGAAGAUGAGAUGCUGUUGUGCAACAAAUGUGAUAGAGGUCACCACAUGCUGUGCCUUCGCCCCAUCGUGACCCGGGUUCCAUUCGGGUCAUGGAUCUGCCCCGCUUGCUCCACUGACAACAACAACAACAAGAGCUUGAUCCAAAGUAUAGUUUUACUGAGAAGGAGAUUUUCGAUUUCUUUCGGAUUCAGAGUGGCGGCGAAUUCGAAUUCGCAGACAAAUGUGAUGAUGCACCCAAAGUUUAACUCUUGGUAUCGCCUAAUUUCAGAUACCAAGAAACGACGUAGACGUACAAGCACAUUAGAAUUCCGAAAGAAACGAAGAAGAUUAUUAACACAUAUUCCAUCACAAGAUCCUGCAAGAAGACUAGCUCAGAUGAGAUCUCUUGCCAUGGCUAUGACUUCACAGAAUUUGGAAUAUAGCAACGAACUCACUUACAACCCUAGCAUGGCUCCUAGAUCAGCCAAUCGAUCUUCUUUUGAAAACGGGGGCAUGCAGAUUCUUUGCAAAGAAGAUGUAGAGACGCUGAAAAACUGUAGGGCACUGUAUAGAAGAGGCGAAUUCCCACCUCUUGUUGUAGCAUUUGAUUCAUUGGAAGGGUAUACUGUACAAGCUGACGGGCCCAUAAAGGAUAUGACUUUGAUCGCUGAAUAUGCGGGCGGCGUUGAUUACAUAAGAAACCGGGAGGAAGAUGACUGUGACAGUAUGAUGACUCUCCUUUCUUCAGCCGACCCGUCUAAAAGUCUUGUUGCAUGUGCAGAUAAACUUGGAAACAUCUCCCGAUUUAUAAGUGGCAUUAACAAUCACAUAGCGAAUGGGAGAAAAAAACUAAAUAUUAAAUGUGUGAGGUACAACGUAGACGGAGAAUGCGUGGUGCUUCUAGUUGCGAAUCGUGAUAUCGCAAAGGGUGAGAGGCUUUAUUACGAUUACAAUAGUUGUGAGUAUGAAUAUCCAACCCAUUAUUUUGUAUAAAUUAAGUUUUUACUUCAAAAUAUAAAGUUGUAAAUUUAUUUUUCCUUCAAAUCAAACACUCACAGCAGAUAGAGAAAUAAACCAAUUUUUUUACUUCAAUUGUAUUGUACGUGCAUAGAAGUUUACAUUAGAUUGCGCAUGUUUUACACAAACUUUUCACAUAUAUGGAACUGAUCAAUAUUGAGCAUAAAUUUGAUCACUUUGUUAGAAUCAACAGUCUUAUUGAAUAUUAGGUAAGUUCAACAAAAUUUACUCAUCUUGUGUGGAAGUAAACUUAAAAAAACAAUUAACGGUCUUAUUUACCUUUAUUAAUCACUCAACAAUUAAUAAAUAAUUGAUAACCAAUUAUUUAUUAAUUGCUCAUAAAUUACUGAACAAUCUACUACUACUACCACAACAACUACUACCACAAGAACUACUAUUACUAUUUCUACUACUAUUACAACAUUUAUUAAUCUCUAAGAAAACAAUAAACAAUUAGUAACCUAUUAUUUAUUAAUUACUCAUAUAUUACUAAAAAA